GGAUAAGGCCAAACAUGAAUUUCAUUCGACUCUUUGAAGGCAACAAGAUAUCACACCAAUCAAUAUCAAGAUAUGAAGAUUACAAAUACACACAUUAUUAGUGCAUAAACAGUAGCUAGCAAUAGAUAUGAGUAAUAAGAAGCAAAGAGAUAUUAAUUUGAUUGUAGUGAGAUUUGAGAGACCAAAAGGGUUGGUUGGUUGUUGGACAAUGGCAAAUAGCUGUUCUUCUUUAGGGUGGGCAGCAAAAUCAGCAAAAUUAAACCAAGGCAACUCCUCCUUUGUAGCUCCAAAUCCAAUACGGAAAGCUUGUAGUAGUAAUGAGUGUGAGUCCACUUGUUUCCCUCAACAUGUUCAUAAUCAUGGUCUUGGUCUUGGUCAUGGUCAUGGUGGUAAUAUUCCUUCAUGUUCCUUUGGAGUUGAAGGGAUAUUUAAAGAACAUCAUAGAGCUGCUGCUACAAUUGCUUCCAAUAUUAAUAGCCAUAGCCAAGCCGAGAAGCGUCGCAGGGACAGGAUUAAUGCACAACUUUCAAUUCUUCGCAAACUAAUUCCCAAGUCUGAUAAGAUGGAUAAGGCAGCAUUGUUAGGGAGUGUAGUUGAACAUGUCAAAGAUCUCAAGAGAAAAGCAAUGGAAAUAAGCAAAGUCAUCACAGUUCCAACAGAUGUCGAUGAGGUCACCAUCAACUACUACUACUUGGAUGAUGAUGAUCAAGAUGGAAGAAGAAGAAGAAGAAGCUCCACCAUCAUCAAUGGUAAUAAUGUCUUCAUCAAGGCUUCUGUUUGCUGCGACGACCGGCCAGAACUCUUUGCAGAGCUCACCCAAGCUCUCGGUGGCCUAAAACUGAGUACAGUUAGAGCUGAUAUGGCUUGUUUGGGAGGCAGAAUUAAGAGCAUCUUGGUCCUCUGCACCAAGGAUAGUAAAGAGGUUGUUUCCAUGAACAAUGUCAUACAAUCCCUUAAUGGAGUAUUGAACAGAAUUGCUUCAUCUUCCACAGGUUCAAACCACCGUGUAAAAAGCAAGAGGCAGAGGUUCUUCUUGCCUUCUUACUAGCCACCAUGUUUUUUUUGAAGACCUUCGUUGAGUUAUCACCAUGUUUGGCUAAAGGGAAUUUGAGUUCUUGGUAGACGCCUAUAACUACAGCUUUCUUCCUUAUUUGUAGUUCUCUAAUUGUAACAAUGAUGAUGAAGUUAGCAUUCUGUAUUGGUUAAAAAAAAAAACUCCAAAAUAUUUUGACUAGUAGCCAAAAUUUAAAUGGAGGUGAUUGGCGGGUGUUAA